GCGUGAUUGGUAUUUAAACCGUGUGCCCACCUUGAGCUCUGCACAUAGAUUUGCUCACGACCUGUUUAACGUACUACACUUUAGAGGACAGCGCAAGAUUCUUCAAAAUGAGUGACAACCCCGUCAAAGAGGAGGUGCAGAACUUUGACAAGAGAUGUCUAAAAAAGACAAACACGGCGGAGAAGAACACUCUCCCCACAAAAGAGGAUAUUGAGCAAGAAAAAAAGGCAGUAGAGGGAGGGAAAUGAACCCAACCUGUCACACCUCCUCUGGCAUCCUCACACUUCCUGUUACACCCACUCAGACAUCACCUCUGCUUCUGCAUAUCACGUUAUGUUCAAAUCAAUGGCAUUCUGUACAAUACUGAUUGGGAGCUGUCGAGUUAUGUAUUAAUUGCAGCUGUGGAUAUUUGUAAUCCUUUUGACAUGUUGUUAAGAGAUAAGAUGGAUGAUGUAAGCACAUAUCGCCUAUGUAUGUGUCUGUACCAGCUCAUGACUGUCAAUGCUUCCCACGUCGUUCUCUGAAUCUGGUGCCAUUCUGGACUGAUUAAUCUUUAAAUAACGUGAUGAUAUUUUUGUUUAAUAAACGAUAAUAACAAAUGUUUUAAAA